ACACGUUUGUGUGUUUGUCCAGGGCAUGCCGGAGCAGUGGGCCCGUCUCCUUCAAACCUCCAACAUCAGUAAAUCUGAACAGAAACAGAAUCCUCAGGCCGUCCUUGACAUUCUCAAAUUCUAUGACUCCACCAGUGGAAAACAGAAAUACCUCAGUUUUUCUGCAUCAAAUAAGGACUCGCAAUCACCAGGCAAGCAGGGUGCGAUGACCUCCCCAUCAGGAGGUAAGGAUGGUGACGAUGACGAUGAUGAUGCACCACCUCCGGUUGUUGCACCACGACCAGAGCACACAAAAUCAGUGUACACGAGGUCGGUGAUAGAUCCGCUCCCAGCUUCAGAUGGAGCAGCUGACAAACAGAAAAAGAAAGGAGGCAAGAUGACCGACGAGGAGAUCAUGGAGAAACUAAGUAUAUAA